GAGACCACGCGGACAAAGUUGCAGACCACUGUCAUCAUGCUCUGUCUUUGCUCCUCUGUAUUCCUCGCUGCCCUUGAUAUCACCAUCGUUACGACAGCUCUCCCUACCAUAUCAGGACACUUCGGCUCCAGUGCAGGUUAUACCUGGGUUGGUUCUGCAUACUUGCUUGCCAACGCAGCUAGUACACCAUCUUGGGGAAAAUUUUCAGAUAUCUGGGGUCGAAAGCCCAUCCUGCUGUGCGCCGUGGCGAUAUUCUUUAUCGGAAGUCUCCUCUCUGCUGUUAGCAUCAGUAUCAGCAUGUUGAUUGCUGCUCGAGCUAUACAGGGAGUUGGAGGUGGAGGGCUAAUUGUUCUGGUCAAUAUUGUUAUUGGUGAUCUGUUCAGCAUGCGGAGCCGCGGGAAAUAUUUCGGAAUAGUUGGACUGGUUUGGGCUUUUGCAUCUGCAGUUGGUCCAUUCUUGGGUGGCAUUUUCGCACAAAAGGUCAGCUGGAGAUGGUGCUUCUAUGUCAAUCUGCCAAUCACCGGAUCUGUCUUCGUCCUCCUCUCGGUUUUUCUGCAAAUCGAUAAUCCUAAAACACCUGUCUUGCAGGGUCUCAUAGCCGUUGAUUGGGCAGGUAGCCUUGCAGUCGUAGGCGGAACGCUUAUGCUCCUCAUCGGCCUUGAACUUGGAGGAAUUUCAUAUCCAUGGGAUUCUGCGACAGUAAUCUGCCUAAUACUUUUUGGCAUUCUGCUCAUGGCGAUUUUUCUUUUGACGGAAAGGAAAUUCGCUCGUUAUCCUAUUAUGCCCUUACGACUUUUUGAUACUGUAUCGAAGAUAGCCGUCUUUGGAACUUGCUUUUGCCAUGGAGUUGUUUUCAUUGCGGGCACUUAUUUCAUGCCGUUAUAUUUCCAGGCUAUACUUGGGGCUACCCCUUUGUUGUCUGGGGUGUAUUUCUUUGCCUUUGCUAUUUCGUCUUCUCUGGUCGGGAUGGCGACGGGCAUCUAUAUUAAGACGACUGGGAAUUAUCUCAUACCUAUUUGGUCCGGGUUUGUUUUGACGGUCAUCGGUUUUGGGCUUUUCAUCAACUUUGAUGCGAAACCCGAUUGGGCGAAGAUUAUCUUGUUCCAGAUGAUCGCUGGUAUUGGCCUUGGUCCGAAUUUUCAGAGUCCCCUUAUAGCGUUGCAAAAUUUUGUGGCCCCUGGAGAUAUUGCGGCUGCAACGGCGGCUUUUGGAUUCGUCCGGAAUCUUUCACUCUCUAUUUCGGUCGUAGUGGGAGGCGUCGUAUUUCAGAACGAGAUGCAAAAGCACCAUUCUUCACUCAGCGGUGAGCUCGGCAGCCAGGCAGCGAGCGCCAUAAUAAGCAGCUCUGCAGGCGCUACCGUGAACAUCGUCAAACAACUCGCUCCCGCUCAACAAUGGAUCGUUCGUCAAGCUUUCGCUGAUUCUCUGAGGUCCAUGUGGAUUAUGUACGCUGCAUUUGCUGCUGUUGGUCUUAUUAUGAGUCUGUUCAUCAGCCAUCAAAAGUUGAGCACGGAACAUAAAGUGACGAAAACGGGGUUGGUGGAGGAAGAGGCUAAGAGG